CUACUCCCAAGUACCAACGGCGCCACUGUUUCCCGGUAAAGCAGCAAAAAAUUGGAGGACGUUUGCAAAAUCCAAUAAAGCUAUGCGGAACGACACCGUCUACCAGGUCAAACACUACGCCUAUCCCUCCCAAUUCUGUUUCUUCUUCUUCCUCGUGCUCCUUCACAAACCCUACUUCGCAAGCCCCAAACAAAGAAUCCCCUCUGUUUCUCGCACACCAAGCUAGAACAUAACCCUUUUUUUUUGGGUUUCUUUUCCUUCAAAUGUUGUAUUGAUUUGAUUUUGAAUGAAAUCAACGAUGUUAGUCAAACCCGAUCCAUCUUCUUCUUCUGCCUCCUCCACCGCCCCAACCACCUGCGGAAACUGCGGCGUCGAGGAGCGCCGCCUCCUCCACCACGUCCGCCACCGCGGGAUCUUCCGCCGUCUGUGCACUACCUGCGUCCUCCGUCUCCACCCUCAAUCCUUCUGCCCUACUUGCUUCGCCGUCUAUCAUCCUUCCCCGCCUCCAUCCGGCCCAAACGAUGCCGUCACCUGCUUUAAAUGUUACUCCUCUUCUCACAUUCAUUGCGUGGGGCCCAAUUACCCGAACCCUUACGUUUGUCCUAAUUGUGUGAACCCUAAUUCGCCGAUCUUUACGCUGAAGAAAGCAAAAGAUUUGGGAAUUGAGGGCUCGGAGGCUGCCAAUGGGAAUAAUGGGGAGUAUAGGGUUAUUGAUAAGAAGGCUGCUAAGGUUUUGUUGGCUGCGGCGAGGAUUGCCGCCGUUUCGAUGAGUAAAGCUGCCGUAGCCGCUAGAGCAGAGGCGGAGAGGCGGGCAAAAGAGGCAGCUUUUACGAGGAAACGUGCUAGGGAGGCGUUGGAGCAUGUCGCUUAUUUAGUUGCAAAGGAGAAAUUGAAGAAAAAAGAGUUUGCCGCUGCAGCUACGGCCGUGGAGGUAUUAGGGGUUGCCGGGCGUAGCAGCGGUGCUAAAGUGUCUAAUGUUAGUGGAAAUAAUGUCAAUAGCAAUGUCAGUAGUGUUAAUGUAGGCGUGGUGGGAGUAGGGAGGGAAGGGAGAAGGGCUGGUAAUGUGGAGAGAGUGGAUGGGUCUAAUGAUGUUUUAGCGGCCUUGAAUGCGGUGGAAUUGAGAGAAGGAGAGAAAAAUGGAGACCUGAAGGUGGACAAUGUGAUUGAUGUUGUGCCAAUGGACGUUGAGGAGAAUGGGACAGUGCAAUUGACUGCUAAGAAAUCUGGAAAUAUAGAUCAUGUGAAGGAUCCCAAUGGAGUAAUGGAGAAUGUUAGUAAUGGGGACGCUGUAGUUUUGCCUGCGGAGGAUCAGGUGCGGCAUGCGGAAAAGAGUCUGUCUUUGCAACAGAAUCAUAACUGACCAGGACAUUAGUUCAUGAUGUCCAGAGACUUGUGCCAAUAAUUUGAGAAGUCUGAGGUGGGAUUCUAUGAUCUCAUGCUGUCCUUUUAUAAUGAAGUUUUGUCUUGUAGCUUCUCUUUGCUUCCCAUCAUAAUGUCGAAUUUCAGGUUUCUGGAAUGUGUAAAGCCUAGUUCAGGAACUUUUGAUGGAAAGUAACACGGGAAUAGAGUUUGUAAGAUCAAGUAGAACUCUGUUGGCACAUAGCAUAAUCUGUAGGUUGAGCCUAGUUCUUUGUAGGGAAUUUUAGAGCUUAUUAUGCAGUAAAUCUUGUUAUUUAAAGCUGGAUUCUAUAAUUGGUUGCAGUGCAUAUACUGUGGUUGAUGAUUUUUCUC